AUGCGCUCCGCCUCGGCCGCCGGCUACGGCACCAUUCCCGCCUCCGCCCCUCCCCCUUCGCCUCAGUCAUCGCCGGGGGUUCUCUCCGCCGCUCGCACCGCCGCGCUCUUCUCCCGCCUUCGCGAGCAGGGCGGCAGCCUGGUCGCCUCCCAGCGCCCCUGGGGGCAGUUCCUCGACCCCUCCGCCCUCGUCCGCCCCGGCUCCUCCGGCGAGACGUUCUACCGCAUCCGCCGAAACAUCGGAUACUUCCGCUCCAACUACGCCAUCUCCCUCCUCGUCGCCCUCGCCCUCGGCAUCAUCUGGCAGCCUUCCUCCCUGGCCGCCUCCAUCGCCCUCGCCGCCGCCUGGAUCUACCUCUACCUCGGCCGCGACGAACCGCUCGUCCUCUUCGGCCGUCGAUUCGAGGACAGGACCGUCCUCGGCCUGCUCUCCCUGGCCACCUUCUUCGCGCUCGUCUCCACAGAUCUGGGAUCGAGCGUGUUCAGGUCGAUCGCCGCGGGGACGGUGCUCGUUGCCAUCCACGCGGUCUUCAGGGUAACCGACGAUUUGUUCCUCGACGAGAGGCAGGCCGCGAGCGGGGGAAUGGUCGCCGGAAUGGGUGCGCCGAUGGGGCCGACCUAUGUGGUCCGAAUGGUGUGA